UCCCUCUUCGCAUUUUAUUUUUCUCCGAUAUCUCCUUUUUCUGAUAUUUGCUGCAGCCGCUUUGACUUCUUUCUUGUUUCCCAUCUCCCUCCUUGCCGCCAUUUUCUUUUCUCCGCUUCUAUCCCCCUCUGCUGCAACCUCACGCCGCCACUCUGAGGCUUCCAAACAGAGGGUGAAUCUUUGGUGCCAAGGCUGUCACAGGGCUCCACUCUCCUCACUCAUACGUAUGCUUUGAAAUCUGGUGCGUACGGAACUGCUCAAUCCCGUCUUUAAUCUGCAGCUCUCCGGCGGCUCCCUGCACUCCUAAUCCCAAUUCCCAAUUCAGGGUUUUCAGGGAAAGGAGAGUACGCGUCCAAGGGAAGACUAUGGCUGUAACAGCCCCAGGGCAGCUCAACGUUAACGAGCCCCCUUCGUGGGGAUCUAGAAGUGUCGAUUGCUUUGAAAAACUGGAGCAGAUUGGUGAAGGCACUUAUGGUCAAGUUUACAUGGCCAGAGAAUUAAAAACAGGUGAAAUUGUUGCGCUGAAAAAAAUACGGAUGGAUAAUGAGAGGGAGGGGUUCCCUAUUACUGCCAUUCGAGAAAUCAAAAUUCUGAAGAAACUCCAUCAUGAAAAUGUAAUCAAGUUGAAAGAAAUUGUGACAUCUCCAGGUCCUGAGAAGGAUGAACAAGGGAAGCCAGAUGGUAACAAGUACAAAGGUGGUAUCUACAUGGUUUUCGAGUACAUGGAUCAUGAUUUGACAGGUCUUGCUGAUCGUCCGGGGAUGAGAUUUUCAGUUCCCCAAAUCAAGUGUUACAUGAGGCAGCUUCUCACCGGGCUUCACUAUUGUCAUGUAAAUCAAGUACUGCAUAGAGAUAUAAAAGGCUCAAAUCUGCUUAUUGACAAUGAAGGAAAUUUGAAGCUUGCAGAUUUUGGGCUUGCCCGAUCAUUUUCUAACGAUCACAAUGCAAAUCUAACAAAUCGUGUCAUUACCUUAUGGUACAGACCUCCUGAAUUGCUGCUUGGGUCGACCAAAUAUGGUCCAGCUGUAGAUAUGUGGUCUGUUGGUUGUAUAUUUGCAGAGCUUCUGCAUGGGAAGCCAAUAUUCCCUGGGAAGGAUGAGCCGGAGCAAUUAAAUAAGAUCUUUGAGCUAUGUGGUGCUCCAGAUGAAGUCAAUUGGCCCGGGGUUUCUAAAAUCCCUUGGUACAACAAUUUUAAGCCCACAAGACCAAUGAAGAGACGUAUUAGAGAAGUUUUCAGGCACUUUGAUCGUCAUGCUUUAGAACUGUUAGAGAAGAUGAUUACUCUCGAUCCUUCUCAGAGGAUAUCUGCCAAGGAUGCCCUGGAUGCGGAGUACUUUUGGACGGAUCCAUUACCCUGUGACCCCAAGAGUUUGCCAAAGUAUGAAUCAUCACACGAGUUCCAGACAAAGAAGAAGCGGCAACAGCAACGACAACAUGAAGAAAAUGCAAAGCGACAGAAGUUGCAACACCCACAGCAUGCACGCCUUCCACCUAUUCAGCAGUCUGGGCAAGCACAUGCACACAUGCGACCGGUACCCAACCAACCAAUUCACGGGUCUCAACCACCAGUUACUGCAGGACCUAGCCAUCAUUUUGGAAAGCCUCGUGGACACCCAGGUCCUGGUAGGUAUCCUGGUGGAAAUCCCCCUUCUGGAUACAACCAUUCAAGUCGUGGUGGUCAAGGUGGUUAUGGUAACAAUCAAUAUGCUCAAGGACGAGGCGCUGCACCCUAUGGGUCUGGUAACAUGUCAGGUGCUGGUCCUCGAGGUGGAGCUGGAGGUGGCAGUAGUUAUGGCAUGGGAGCUCCAAAUUACCCACAGAAUGGUCCAUAUCCUGGUAGUUCUGGCACUGGCCGUGGCUCCAAUGUGAUGGGUGGAAACCGGAACCAACAAUACGGUUGGCAACAGUAACGAUAUGAUUGCAACUGCAUUUUGUGUCUACAGAAGUACGUAAUUUGAUCAAACAUGCUCAAGUUUUUUCCAUCCUCUAUCCUCUUCAUAUAAUUAGCCAUACAAAUGGUUAGAGAAAAGCCUUGGGUGCUUGUGAGCUCGAAUGGCUGUUUCGUUAAGUUAAUGUAUGCGGAUCAGCUUUUUCUUUGAUUUUUCCUUGCGAUAUUUGAUUGCAAAUGAUAUAUGAAAUUAAUUUA